UUACAUUGAGCAAUAUAAUUGUCCUUGAUCCUAGAACAGGUAAACUACAGUUAUAAUUUACACCAAUUUAUAUAUACAUACAUUUACACAAACCGGUUAGAAAUUAAAAAUUAGCCUGAACUAGUCAAUUUGUGCUCGCGAAUGAUUUACAUUUGUUUACAAAAUUUUUUGAACGAUAUCAGAAAUUAUUCAUCAUGAUUUUUCUAAUUUUGAUGUCUACAUAUAUCUAUGUACAUAUAAACCUACGUCUAUUCGGGGCACAACACUUGGUUGUUCCAGUCCUGUCCAGUCCUAUUACACAUCAGAUGGUUUUAUUUACAUUUUUUUUUUAAACGAAGUACAGCGCCCUUGAUUUUUCAAGUUGUAUUGGAGCAGAAGAAAAAACUGACAUGUUCUCCGUUUAAUCUCUGACAAGAUUUCUACUGAUUUCUACAAUUGUUUUUAUAAUGUUAUCAACGACAUUUUGCCUGUAUAACAUUAAUACUUUUAAAAAUAAUAGAAAAUAGUUAAUUUACACGAAUUAAUGACAAUUUAAAAAAAAUUAAAUUAAACUAAGUGAAAUUAUUUAAAUAUUUCUAAUUAUAUUAAAAAUAAAACAAUUUAUUCUUCUGUAGAUGAAGUUUGAGAAACACUGCACUUAAUCUUUUCGAUCAGAAGUAACAGCAUUAGGACACAUACGCACACAAUGAAAAAAUCAUAGAAAUGCGAUGCUUUUCGGACGAGCAAUGACAAAAUGCGUUAGAAGGGGUAGACGAGGAAACGGACAAACUCGUAUACGGACCUGGUCGACUCACGACUGUUCGCGACUGUUCACGACGACUUGCGACGCGAUCUCGUGGCUGCGUUUCAGCUGCUAUUCUGCGCUGCUGUCCACCAGACACGUUCGAGCAUCAGAGGCGCGCGGCCGUAGUAGCAGUAGAUUUGGUUCUGUGUGGAGGGAAAGAGACGCAUAUAUAUAUAUAUAUAUAUAUACUAAUUACACAUAUAUGUAUAUAUAUAUAUAUACACACAUAUAUAUAUAUAUACAAACGCGCGCGCACAGCACGUAAAAACAUACAUAUACAUAUAUAUAUAUAUAUUUAUAUAUAUACACAUACAUAUACAUAUAUAUGUAUACAUAUAUAUAUACAUAAGAAGAAAAGGAUAGAAAAGAAAGAGGUCGAAAGAGAGUAAGAGCGGAGCGGGCGCCGUUACGAUAAAAGAAGUUUUUCGGAGACUGUAUAUUCGGGAGAGCGUUCAAUGGUCGAAGCAGUUAUGCGCCACGCUGUCGUAGGGCUAUUAACUAGCUAGUUCUGACUACGGGAGGUCUCAGGCCGCAGUUACGACCUCGAAAGAACGAGCGGGUUCGCCUCGCGAAGAUGACCAUAAUAGUCUUUUUGAUCGACACGUCGGCCUCCAUGAAUCAGAGGGCAUAUUUGGGCGGGCGACCCACGCUUUUGGAUGUAGCCAAGAGCGCCGUGGAGACUUUCGUGAAGGUAAGACAGAGAUCACCAGAGAGCCGUGGGGAUCGUUAUAUGCUCCUGACCUUCGAAGAUCCGCCCCAGAAUAUCAAGGCUGGAUGGAAAGAAAAUUUAGCAACUUUUAUGAAUGAGCUUAAGAAUUUACAAUGCGUUGGAUUGACAACGUUAGGUGCUGCUUUGAAACAUGCUUUGGAUGUUUUGAAUAUAAAUCGUAUGCAAACGGGAAUAGACACGUACGGUCAAGGAAGAUGUCCCUUUUAUCUAGAACCAUCGGUGAUUGUUGUUAUUACGGAUGGAGGAAAGUACACGACUAAUAGUGGAGUAAAUCAGGAUUUCACAUUGCCAAUGCAUUCUCCUAUACCUGGAUCCGAGUUAACAAAAGAGCCAUUUAGAUGGGAUCAAAGAUUAUUUUCUUUGGUAUUACGAUUAUCUGGAACACCAGCUGUUGAAAGAGACACUGGUUUAGUGGCAAGCGAUUCAUCUCCUAUAGAUGCUAUGUGCGAAGUUACCGGAGGUCGUUCGUAUUGUAUAACAUCCUUCAGAAUGAUGAUGCAGUGUAUAGAUUCUUUGGUACAGAAAGUUCAGUCUGGCGUAGUUAUAAAUUUCGAAAAGAUCGGACCAGAUCCUCCGCCAUUGACUAAUGAAGCACAACACGCGGAUGAUGAUGAAAAUGAAGAUGACAGUAAUACAACGAACGGAACGCGAUCGCAGUAUCCUCCAAAUCCAACAGUACCGGGCAAUACGGCAUGGCAUUCUUGUAGAAGACUGAUUUAUGUUCCAAGAUCUGCUCAGAAAGGUUUUGCUGUUGGUUUCUGGCCGAUUCCUGAAAGCUUUUGGCCUGAUCUCAGCGCUAGUUCUUUGCCGCCAAGGUCAGCGCAUCCGAAUGUCAAGUUCACUUGCACCAGCCAAGAGCCCAUGGUGAUAGAAAAUCUCCCAUUUGAUAAAUACGAACUGGAGCCAAGUCCUUUAACACAGUACAUAUUAGCCAGAAAGCAACCAACGAUUUGUUGGCAAGUUUUUGUAGCUAAUUCCUAUAAAUCCAGCGAUGUGGGUCAUCCAUUUGGAUAUCUAAAAGCAAGUACUAACUUAACGUGUGUGAACCUGUUUGUAAUGCCCUACAAUUACCCAGUACUCUUACCUUUGCUGGAAGAACUUUUUAAAGUUCACAGAUUAAAGCCAACAAAUGAAUGGAGAACACAGUUUCAAAAUUACAUAAGAACCAUGCCCACUUAUUAUGCAGCGUCGCUCAGGAGAGCUUUAACUAGAAUGGGUGCUCCAGCUCCAUUAGCGCAAACACUAAUUCCCGAUAAUAUGGAUAACUCGUUAUCCUAUAGUGUCUUAAAUUAUUUAAAACGACUAAAAAAUCAAGCUAAAAUUGAAUUUGAUAGACUUUGCAACGAGGUUUUAUCUAAACAACUCGCUGCUGCCAAUAUGACAAAAAAUUUAGUAAACGGCAGUACAACGGUGACAGAUGGAGUAAGAGUUAUUCCUAGAACUCCGUUGAAGAAAGAUUUGGUAUCGCAUCCGCUAUUACAAGACAAGUUCACAGGACUAAGGGAUCAACUGAACGAGUUCGGUGGAUUUGUAGUUGGAUUAGUCAGAAGUCAACAACGCGGAGCACACAGUUACAGGAACGCAUUUGACGUUCCGCGGAAAUCCCUUUUAGAUCAAGUUGUGAGAAUGCGUGCUAACUUCCUUCAACCUGGAUUACUGCAUACAAAACUUCUUGACGACGAUUAUGUUCAUUCGAUGCCUUUAGCGCAAAUGGGAAAUUAUCAGGAAUAUUUGAAACGCAUGACUCCGCCUUUAAGGGAAAUCGAAAGUGUUCCAGUUAGGCAACACAUGUUCGGUAAUCCUUUUAAGAUAGACAAAAGAAUGAUGGUUGACGAAGCGGAUAUCGAUAUGGUUGGCGCAACGUCUUCGACCUCAAAGAGCGGUCUUAAACGUACAUUACCUGCUUCGGACGGAGGAUCGUUUGCUUCAAAACCACCGCCAAAUAAACGAAAACCGGGUCCAAUUCCUAAAGAUGUAGUUGUACGAAGACCAUCGUACACACCCACGAUUACUCCACCAAGUUCGCCGAUACCGUGGGUUGACGACACGAAAAAUCAAGUAACCCCAGCUGCUGACUCAAAUCAAAUUCCAUCAAAUACAGUGAAUCCUACAACACCUAAUACAUCGAGUCCACCGAGUGUGAAUUCACCAGAGAAAUUAGUAAAUGGUCUUGCAGAAAUGCCGACGAUACCAGUCUUUGAACCAAUUCCAGUGGAACAUACUAAUAAUCAUAUGGACGCUCCGCCAAUUUUGACGCCGGUAGUUAAUAACGUCGACGCUCCUAAAAUUGAAAUAAAAACGGAGAACGUUAAAAACGAGUGUAACAAACUACCUCUUAACGAUUUUGUUGAAAAUAGUGUAAAAGUUGAAAAUUCGGUUGACGAAAGGUUGUCCAAUCAUGUCGAAGAUAAACGCGAAUCCAAAGUAGAAAAAGACAAGGUUUUGUCGAAGAAAGAAUUAGAAGAUAUUAGAAGACAUAACCUGUCCGUUCGAGAACUCGUGUAUAAAGAAGUACGGAGAAGAGGUGCAAAUUAUGCAACACUAUUUUCACAUUUAAACCAAAUUCAAGGGACUCUAGAUAUACGACUUGCAUUUUUGCGAGAUAUCGUUAAAGAAUCGUUACGAUUUAAAAGACGUAAUUUGGCAUCAUUGCUAGAAGAAUAUUUGAAAACUGUACAAGAGGAUAGCUGGACUGUAAACCACAAGGUGAAUCACAAUGGUGCCACAAAAAUAAGUUAAGAAUUCGUUGCAUAAUCAGGGCAUUAUUUCAAUAAUAAAAAUAACAGUUCAGUGAAUAAUGCGGGAUAUCUGAGUGGGACAUAAAGUAUCCUAUUGAGCAAGUCGUACAUCUGUAAAAUGAUAAGCGUGUUAGCGUUUAAGGAUGUAUGUUGCCAAGGCACGCGAAGUGAUAAUAAUUGAUAAAUCUAAUGAAAGAAAUAGCAUUCUGGAUGUCAACCAAGGAGAUAUGAUUUUCAUGCUCCUAUUUUCCUUUUCUUUUUCACUUCGUGACUGUACAGUUGGUAGAAAUGUUUCUCUUGUUCUCUGCGAAUGAUCGAUAAUGCGUGUAAAGACAAUAAAGUCUUGUCAGCAGUAACGUAAUAACUUUGUAAAUGUGUGAGUUUUUAUGCUUUUGCAACGUAUAAAACUCUUGUAUUUGUUUAUUAAAUAUUCAAAUUUGUAUAUUUUGCGGUUACCCAUUUAAUUAUCCAACGUUUUUAGCAGCUCAAUGCAAAUUUAUUAUUACGAAAUUGUUGGUAUACACUGUAAAGUGCAGCAGUUUUGAAUUACAUACGAUCACUGUUUGUAAGAAUAACAGCAUGCCGUUUAUAAAGUACUACUCGACUAUUUUUCUUUAAACUGACUAUUAUAUAUUCCUUAUGUCUUGGAUGCAGGCAUUCGAGACACCCUUUAUUUGAGAAAUAUUUAUUGUGUAAUAAUUAAUAAUUAUAACUACUUUUUAAACGAAUUAAAGAAAAUAUAGCGCCCUGAAAUAGUACAACAUUAAGCAAAAUAGCACAAUUCUACCAGCUGCGCAAUCGAGAGUUUAAAUGCAUUAAAAGAACAACUAUUCUCUUUAACCGCGUUGCUUUCUUUCUUUCUGUUCGUGAAAUUUUAGCGUACACUAUUGUGAUCUAGGAUAUAAUUCAAGAGAUAAGGUUAUCAGUACACGAUAUGCACCGUACAUUUUGUUGUAUACGUUAAUGGUAAAAAGCCAAAUUGAAGUCUCAUUUCUCUAAAAGGUGAAAAAACGCUUAUGCACGAAUAUUUGAAACUUUAAUACAUAUCUUCCGUUUAAAAGAAAAAUAAAAUUUACGUUCUGUAGGUAAAAAGAACAUACUAUAUUUUAUCAUGUAAUUCAGUAGAUUAAAUUAAAAUACCUUGAAAAUAGAACUGCUUCUGCUGUAAUAAAUGUUCUUUUAUGAAAUUCGGCGAACAUGAUAUUCGUUCUUAAAAAUAUGAAAACUAUCAUAAAAACGAAACUAAUUUUUAUAUUCUACAUUAUCUCAUAUAGAAUUGAACUUAUCGAAGAUUAUUCAAUGAAGGGUUGACAGUGCCUAAUGCUAUUGAAAAGUAGCGUGAAAAAGAUUGUAUUUAUUUUUAACCCACUUAGACAGCAUAGUAAUUUGAUAUAAAUUUCAAAAAUCUUGAUUAAAGAAUGAUAAUAUAUUCGAAUGAGUGCUUUCAAUUAUUUAAUCGGAACCAAAGACAAAAUUUAUAUUAGAUUUCAUAAUUCAUAAUUUUCUAUUCCUACUUGUCGAAUGAUUUUCAUAAAGGUUUGUUAUUUUACAUUGGCUGAAAGUGGGUUGGAGACAUUUACAAUAUUAGCAAUGAUUGAUGCAGAUAAUUAAUAAUGUCAAAAUCACUUAUUACUGUCUAUAAGGAGUGAUAAUAUUUUGACCAAAUAUUAAGUAGAUUGUCCUAGAUUUAAUGAUCAGGAAGAUUAUCUUACCCAUUGUUCAAUAAAAUAGGUCAUAUAUGUAUUAUACAUAUUAGAAAUACGUUUCACAAGCAAUUUCAUUUAUACUUUGUCAUUUAUGUAAAAGCAGAGAAAGCGUCUACGAAGAACACCAAUAAAUUACAACAUAUCAUCUCAUUGCCAUUAAAUUACAAAUUUAUCUCUAAUUUAAAUAUAAAAGGGCCUUUUAUACAAAUCUUCUAGCAUCAGUUUUAUAUGAAAUUACAUACUAAGCAUUUUCUGAAUUUUCUACAAAUGGAUUUUUUAUCAAAAUCAUAAAUAUUGCCCUUUUACAUUUAAACAAGUCCCAAGUAAGAUAAUCACCCUGACUUUUUUUUCAAGGACACUAAAUAAUUAUAUUCUCCUCUUUGUAAAUCUAGUAGCGAAAUUGUAUAUCAUAUAGUAUUUAUUAAUUGAAAUUGUUAAACGUUUAAUAAAUUAUUUUAUAAUAACGGAGCUUAGCUGAGUCUUACAGACGAUGAUGCUAGACGCUUACUGGCUCCAAAGAAAAAUUAAUAAGAAAGUUUAAUGAACAUAACACAAAGUGCGAUUCUAUAAUGAAUUAAUAGAUAAUAAGAGAAAAAUAUGACGGAGUAAGUAAUACAAUUAUGAAAUUUAUGUUACACAAAUUGUAAUUUUUUUAUUAUAGGAAUGUUUUAUCCGAGAAAAUUAAGUGAAGAUAGUUGCAAAAAAGUGUCGAGGGUAUAGAAAAUUGCUAUGUAAUAUUUUCAAUUAAAGCAAUGUAUAUUAUAAAUUUAUAAUAAAUAUUUGUAAUUUUUUUGUUUCAUAAAAAUGUUGGAUCUUACGACACACGUAUCUGAGAGUUAUUUAUAAAAUAAGAAACUAUAAGUUGAAUACUUUUGCACUUUAAGAAAAACCCUAACAUACCUUGUAUACCUUAGAACGAUAAAACAAUAAUCGAUGCGUUUAUAUUUUUUUCUAUGCCCCAAACACUAUUAGAUUAGAAACACGAUUCUUUCUUAGCAAAUAUCUUCAACUUGUUUCCAAGUCCAUUUCAAAGUGUAAUUUAUUAUAUCCAUGUUGCAUAUAUCUUUAUUGUAUCAUUUGAAAUACACUUAAUUAGUUAUUCUUUUAUUGUACCUAUACUGCUACUAUGUGCAUUAUUGUACAUAUUUCAUUGUAUAUAGAUAUGUAUCGAUGGUUACUAUUAACAAAAUUCAUAUUGAAGUGAUUGUUCCAUUUUUACGUUUAUAUUUUUAAACAAAUAGCAAAUAAGCUUUAAAAAAAAUAAAACCAAAACAAUUGAAACAUUU